CCGGUGCUAAAUGAAGUCAUUCCUACCAUGGUAGCUUAGUUUGUCAUCUGACACUCCUGUACCUAAACUUAAAAAAUAAAAACAACAGAAAACACGUUCCUCCUAGCAAAACAGAACAGCAAAAUAACCAUACAGACGAACUGAUCACAAUGAUCUGUGGCUAGCAAAAUUAAGGUUUCCAGAAUGUGGGUCUAAUUUAGGCCUUGAAGAAUCUUGUUUGCUAAUACCAAGAGAGAGAAUGGAGGAAGAGAAUGAGAACAACAAGGCUUUGGUUGAAGAUUUGAGAAAAAGACUUCUAUCGCGAGGUCCAGAAUUGCAUCAGUUUAACCAAAAGGAUAUUGACAAUGUACAAAAGAACGAUCUUUUUGUAUGGUUGUUCUUGAAACAUAAAGAUAAAGAUGUUGAAAAAGCUUUGGAAAUGAUGGUGGAUUGCUUAAAGUGGAGAGAAGAAUUCGGUAUUAAUGCUUUGAUGGAAAGAAAUAUAGAUCGAAGAUUAUUUGAAAUUGGAUUUUUAUAUCCACACAAUAAGGACAAAAAUGGCAACCCUCUUUUGUUAUUUCAUACAAAAUUGUACAAAAAAGAACUUUACGAUUUGAAAGAAGUUAAAAAAUUGUUUGCUUUUGGUUUGGAAAAAAUGGCGUGUAACAACCGAGGAAGGAAGGUGACUCUGAUAUUUGAUAUGCAAGAUGCAGGUUUUUCAAACAUGGAUAUGGAUCUUGUGAAGUUUGUCAUUACAUGUUUCCAAACCUACUUUGCAAGCAUGUUAGAAUAUCUAAUUGUGUUCGAAACUCCAUGGAUGUUGACAGCUGCUUGGAAGAUUGUCAAAACUUGGUUAAGUACUGAAGGGAUAUCAAAAAUAAAGUUUACCAACAAAACAGAAAUCUUUCAAUAUGUUGCUGCUGACCAACUGCUGACAUCAAUGGGUGGUACAGACGAUUUUGUAUACAAGUACCCACCACAAUUAUUUUCAAAUAUAGGAGAUACCUUUGAGAGUCCUAAGAUGAGAAAUAAAUAUGCUGAGUCAUUGUUACCUGUCAGCAAAGUGGAUGUAUUCAGUAGCAUGUCGAUGAGUGUAGACGCUACAAAUUUGCUGAAACAGAGUGAAGAGUUUGCACAUGUAAAGCAUAAUGAUGACAUUAACUCUUCGAGUGAACGUUCGAUAACUGACAACUUUGUAAAACCGGUAAAGAUUGACGAAAAACUGAAAAAUAAGAAAGAAGUUAAACCUCGAAAAAAUAACCUUGAAAAAAAUGGACCUCUGGUAACUAUCAGUCCUGCAAGCGAGCUGAUAUUCUACGGACCAUCUUCUACGUCUGCAGAACCUCUGCAAAUUAUUACAAUUACGAAUACAAUCUCGAGCCCUGUAGCUUUUAAAGUUAAAACAACAUCACCAGAAAGUUUCCGCGUAAGACCGAGCUCUGGUCCAAUAUCACCAGGUUGUUCCGUGGAAAUUCAUGUCAACUUGCACCCAGGUCACGAAGCGAGUGUAGCAAAAGAUAAAUUUUUAAUCAUGUCUACGAUUAUACCUGAUCAGGAAAAAAAUGAUUUAUCGUCAAUGUGGAAGGAUAUGCCACGAUCUAGUAUAAUGGAACAAAGACUACGUUGUCGCUACGAUUCGUCUGGAAGUCAAUCCAUUGAAAGUGAUCGCGAGUCCUAUGACACCACGCUUAAGAACACGUCACCUCAGGACCCUCUGUUAAUUAUAUCUAAACAUUUAAUGGAUUUCGAUAAUAAGAUUGGUAAAAUACAGAACAAGAUAACGUCGUUGGAGAGGAGUGUUAAAUUAAUGUUCGGCAUUUUACUUCUUUUUUUAUUUCUGCUUAUCUUGGCCGUGUGUAGCGUCUUCCUCUUUUUAUCGAGAGACGUUCUUCGUCACACAUUUUCCUAGCAUAGUAGACAUUUUUUUUACACUUCAAAAAUAUUUCUACUUUUUCUUUUGUCUUGCAGAAUUCUUCAGUUAAUUUUAUCUAAUGAAAACAAGCCACAUAGGCAGCUAAUAAUUUUGUUCGUAAUGGUGCAAGUUAUUUUUUUUUAAAUUCAUUUUUGUAGUAUUUUGAAUAUUGGGAAAUUAUGUAUAUAUUUAUAUAAUUUAAUUUUUAAACAUAUGCUUAGAUAACAAUUUUUUUGUUCAAA